AUGGCUAGAGGCCAAGGCUCAUACCAACCCAAACCGUUUCACCCUCCCAACGAUCAAGCCACGCACCGCGACUUGCUGCUCUUCGAGGAGCGGUUGAAGUCCAACGCGCUACAGCUGAACAAACGUCGAUCACGGUAUAUAUGGUUCCUUACGCAGCUCAUUGUCUCCAUCGUCUUUCUAUUGUGUGAAGUAUUCUUGAAUACUUCAUUCUUAUCAAUACCCUAUCGUGUGCUGCUGGGGUAUCCGUGGGAUGCACAUAUAUACAUGCAUGAGUGGGUCGCACAAGGGUUGCUUUUGGUGGCCGCAACUACGCUGGUGCUAUUCUUCGCGGGUGGUGUGUACUCGGACAAGAUUGCAUACGCCAAUAAAUAUGUCCCGCAUGCGAAUAAAGCGCUCAGAAGUUUCAACAUGUACCUCAACAUGCGCAAAGCCCCGCGCGGGUCUUCUCUCAACCCAUUGACCUACAUCAUCCCCCGCCCAACGUCCCCGCCGGCGCCCCCAUCACCAUCCCCACCGCGCACGCCCUCACCCACAAGGCUCGGUAAACGCUCGCCGUCUGCUGCACCGAUCACCUCAAUACCGCCAACGACCAACCCGCGAGGCGAGCUGAUAUUUUCAUCUCGCGUUGACCGCAAUUUCCGCGAAUCGUACGAGCGUUACCGCGCGUUGUUCGAGCGCAAGCGCGAUGAACAUGCCGUGGAACCGACCGCCUCCGCCGCCACCGCCUAUCAGUCCUGCCGAGAAGCCGACGCCGUCAAGAGUACCGUCUGGAUCGCAUCGGGGGAGGGGAGGGACGCCAGGAUCGUCAAGGAGAUCGAGUCCAGUGCCACAAGGGAGGUUACUGGAGAGGGGGAGGAGUACUACACCUUUGAGUAG